AUUGAAAACGCUAAAAACUAACAACGGUUCCCGCUUUUCAAGUUUUCCUAUAUUUCGAAGCAAUUCGUUGUUGUUUUGUGUUCGCACGGUGUGCUAUUGAAUUUCAAAACCCUUUCAUGUAUUUCUCGCUUCCGAGAUGUAUAUAAAGUCAAUAGUGUUAGACGGAUUCAAAUCUUACGGCAACAGAGUUGAAGUCACCGGCUUCGACCCCGAAUUCAAUGCAAUAACUGGCCUCAACGGCACUGGGAAGUCUAAUAUUUUGGAUUCGAUAUGUUUUGUGUUAGGAAUAACAAAUUUGUCAAACGUUCGGGCUGGAAGUCUCCAAGAGUUGAUAUACAAGCAUGGACAGGCAGGGAUCACCAAAGCUACUGUUAGCAUCACAUUUGACAACAGGGACAAGAAGCAGUGUCCUAUCGGUUAUGAGAACCAUGAUGAAAUCACAGUUACUCGACAGGUGGUUAUGGGAGGCAAGAACAAGUACCUGAUAAAUGGCAUAAACGUCCAGAAUAAGAGGGUCAGCGACCUGUUCUGCUCAGUUCAGCUCAACGUGAACAACCCCCACUUCCUCAUUAUGCAGGGCCGCAUCACCAAAGUGCUGAACAUGAAGCCACCUGAAAUAUUGUCAAUGGUAGAAGAAGCUGCCGGCACCAGGAUGUAUGAGGCCAAGAAACAAGCAGCUCAGAAGACUAUUGAGAAGAAAGAUGCCAAACUGAGGGAGCUAAAUGAUAUAAUUAAAGAAGACAUAGCUCCGAAGCUGCAGAAGCUGCAAGACGAGCGCUCCCAGUUCCAGGAGUACCAGAAGGUGGUCCGCGAGCUGGAGAACCUCACACGCCUCUACAUCGCUUACAAAUACGUGUCAGCUGAAGAGAGCGCCAAAGAAGCGGCGUCGAAAGUCACAGAGGUGCAAGACGACAUUCAGAGCAAAAAGGAGAAGAUUGAGAGCAACAAGAAGGAGGCUAAAGACCUGGACAAACAAGUGGCCGAACUCAAUAAGAAAUUGGAUGAGGAAAGCGGCAACACUCUCAAGCAACUGGAAACUGAACUGCAGAGCCUGGAGAAGACGGAAGCCACCACCAGCUCGGCGCUGCGCGGGGCGAAGGAGGCUGUGACGUCACACGAGCACCGAGCGCGGCUGCUGCGGCGCGCGCUGGCGGACGACGAGGCCGCGCUGGCCGCCAAGAGGGGGGUGCUGGGGGAGGUGUCGUCAACGUUCGAAAGUUUGCGAACGGCGAGUGAGAACAGCGAGCAAGCGCUAGCUGAAGCCCAGCAGAAGUUCCUGGCGGUCAGCUCGGGGCUUGAGGGAGCUUCUGAAUCGCUGCAGGACCAGCUCAUGGCCGCCAAAGCGGAGGCCUCAGAGGCCUCCACCCGGAUCUCUCAGAGCAUGAUGGAGAAGAAGCAUGCGGCGGACCGCCUCAAGACCCUGGAACGGGAGUUCACGGCCAGCAGCGCGCAGUUCCAGCAGGACCAGGACGCUAUUGGCAGGCAGCAGCAACAAGUGGAUAAACUACAGGCGGAACUCUCCCAAAUGAAGUUCAGCGAAGAACAAAACGCAGAGUUGAAGCGAUCAGUGCGAGAGUUACAAGGCACAGUGCGGCAACAGCGCGAUAUGGUGGACGGACUGUCGGCGAGGUUGCAACGUUGCGACUUUCAGUACACGCCGCCGCAACACAACUUCGAUCCGUCUUCCGUCUCAGGCACUAUUUGUAGGCUGAUCGACGUUAAAGAUCCCGUCUACUGCACUGCUUUGGAAACCGCUGCCGGUGGCAAGCUUUACAACGUGGUGGUGGACACUGAUGUGACCAGCAAGCUGCUGCUGCAGAAAGGCAACCUCCAAUCCCGCACCACAAUAAUACCUUUGAACAAGAUCAGCGGCCAAGUCAUAGACAGACAGACGCUCGAACUGGCGCAGGACGUGGGAGGAGGCGCGGACAACGUGCAGCUGGCCUUGGACCUCAUAUCCUACCCGCCACACGUCAGCCGCGCCAUGCAGUGGGUGUUCGGCAGCACGCUGGUGUGCCGCGACAUGGCCACGGCGCGCCGCGUGACCUUCCACCCGCGGGUGCGGCGCCGCGCUGUCACGCUGGACGGGGACGUGUGCGACCCCGCCGGGACUCUGUCCGGGGGCGCCAGGGGGAAGGGCGGGUCGGUGCUGGUGCAGCUGCAGCAGCUGCGCGCGGCCGAGCAGCAGCUGGCGGCGGCCGAGCGGCGCCUGGAGCGGGACGCGGCCGCGCUCGCCGCCGCGCAGCACGCCGCCGACAGCUAUGCGGCUACGCACCACAAAUACGAGAUAAUGAGUCACGAGCUAGAAGUGAUAAAGGCUCGUCUCGCGACAACCUCCCACGCACAGUUACACGGCGAGAUCGAAACGCUCAGGACGCGACUCCAGGAGCUGACGGAAACCGUGACCAGGGACCAGCAGGUGCAGAAGGAGACCGCUGCCAAGGCUAAGGAGUUGGAGCUGAAAGUUAAAGAUAUCAAGGGGCAUAGAGAGAGAGAGUUCAAAAAAGCAGAAGAGACGUUAAAGAAAGCGAAGAAAGACGCAGAGAAGCACAGCACUUCGUGGAAGCAGAGAGAACAGGAGUUUGAGACGCUGAAGUUGGAAGUUGGCGAGCUGGAGCAAGCCGUGGCCAACAGCCGCGCCGCCCUGGACCAGACCGCGCUGGCCGCUGUAGCGCUGAGGGACACCAUGGACCAAUGUACCGCAGAACAUUCCGCUGCUGAGAAAGCGGUCAAAGAACUUCAAUCUCGCAUCAAGAAGCAAAAAGCGGAGAUCGCCGGCCGCAGCGGCGACAUCGCCCGCCUCCAGCAGAGGAAGGAGCAGCUGGGCAAGAGCAGCGCCGAGCUGGAGCUGAACAUCAAGGAGCUGGACUACAGGGUCAAGCAGCUGCAGAGCGAGGCGGCCGACUGCGAUAAGAGGAUAAAAUCACUUGAGACCGAAAACCCGUGGAUUUCAUCAGAGCGCCAGUACUUCGGCUGCGCCGGCGGGCUGUACGACUUCGAAGCCCGGCAGGCCUCCGUGGCGGGGCAGCGGGUGGGCCAGCUCACCGAGCGGAGGGAUAAGCUGGCGCGGGGGCUCAACGCCAGGGCGCACACGCUGCUGGGCAAGGAGGAGGAGCAGUACCAAGACGUGAUGCGCAAAAAGAAGAUCGUGGAAGCCGAUCGCGCGAAACUAGUGCAAGUGAUGGCGGAGUUGGACGAGAAGAAACGGCGUACAUUGGUGGCGGCGUGUGCGCAGGUGACGAAGGACUUCGGCGCCAUCUUCAGCGCGCUGCUGCCGGGCGCGCAGGCGCGCCUGGCGCCGCCGCGCGGGGCCGGCGUGCUGGACGGGCUCGAGGUGAAAGUCGGCUUCAACAACACGUGGAAGGAGUCCCUGGGGGAACUGUCGGGCGGGCAGCGCUCCCUGGUGGCCCUGUCGCUGGUGCUGGCCAUGCUGCUGUUCAAGCCGGCGCCGCUCUACAUCCUGGACGAGGUGGACGCCGCGUUGGACCUGUCGCACACGCAGAAUAUAGGGCAUAUGCUGAAGAACCAUUUCAAACACUCACAGUUCAUAAUCGUCUCCCUGAAAGACGGCAUGUUCAACAACGCCAAUGUUCUCUUCCGCACCAAGUUCGUGGACGGCAUGUCGUCGGUGCAGCGCACCGUCAACACGCGCCGGUGAUGCCUGGGGGCCUGGGGGGC